AUGCACAGGCAGCUCAGCCUCUCCGCCAGCCCCAAGCAGCAGCAGCAGCAACCUCCGGACGGCACCGGCGACGCGGCGCAGGCGAUGGCGGUGGCGGAGGACGAGUCGUCGGCCUCGCACUCGCACUCCAAGGCCAGCAGGGGGUGGUCGGCGACGGCGAGGGACGAGAGGGCCAUCCACCUCAUCCCGCUGCUCACCUUCCUCUGCUUCCUCCUGCUUUUCCUCUGCUCCCACGACCCGUCCGCUGCCGACAUGUCGAGCUUCGCUGGAGGUGGCGGCGGCGGCGGUGGCGGUGCGAGAUCUGGGAACCGGAGGUUAAGGAUGUUUUAG